AUGUCUCGAUCUAGAGGCAUCCGAAUCCCAACCAUAAUUAUCCGAGGGAAAGAAUCCGCUCAGCAAGAGCACAACAAGUUCUUCUCGGACCGAUCAUCUAAGAUGGAGGGCUCACGGUUGGGAGAGAGCGAGUUUGGAGAUGAUUACAUCCCAUUUCCCGAGAAAUGGCCUGAUCCUUCUUUCACACCCCCCGGGCUAAAGCACCCCAUGCAGUUGAGACCGGUUGGAGAUCUGUGCAAUUCUUUGAUCCCAAACCCAGCCGACGUCUCGGCUGGCCCGCCGGAUUCUCAAGGUGUUCAUGGAAUUGGUCACUUAUCUAGUCCCCUUGCAGUUUCCAUAGGCAGUCAGCGCUGUAGUGAGCCAAUGGACCAUGCUCCAGUCUCAUACAGUACAGAGCAGCCGGGGAUUAGUGGCCUAGAUUCUCAGAGAAAAGCCAAAUUUCAAGUUCCAAAUCCCGCAAAGCCUCGGAGGUUGGACGCAGCAGAUCUCUUGAAAGUCGACGGAUUACAAAGAACAGGUAACCUCGGUCCUCCCAAUCAUCUCAAUCUCCAAAGUCCCAUUCCCUCCUUCCUUCCAGAUAUCCCGAUACCAAGCUGGGUGAGGAGCCUCGAACUUGAAAAGUAUACCGAGAACUUGAAAGAUCUAAGCUAUGGUGAGUUCCUGGAGCUAGAUGACCGGGCCCUGAAGUUGAGGGGCGUGAAUCCUGUUGAGCUUCGAGGCCAAAUGUCACUUUUUGAUAAAGAGAUCGAAGCUGAAGAGGGUAAAGGGAACUAUAACUCUACAGGAUACCCGGAUGAAGCCAUCACAUCCAAUAAUGGGGGAUAUCAGUCUUCGAAGGUAAUCGCUCCUAUCCCGCGAUCAAACAAUGAGAACAUCCACAACAAACCCCUCUAUCCUCCCAACGAAAUAGUAACCUUUCGUACAACCACGCAGAGCAACAUAAUCAGUCAUCCCGGUCGAUUUCCAACAUUCUGGCCUCAAGGAGCACAAAAUGAUGGUCUGUAUGCUCCUUUGGGACCAGCAACCAUGCAUUUCAAUCAACAUAAUGAGUUUACACGACAACCUGCGACAUACAAUCAGGAUGCCCAAGUCCUACUCGCCGGAACUAUAUAUCGGGCAGCACCAUAUUUACCAUUCAAGCUCCAACAUGACCUCCUAACUACGGUCCAAACUCUCCUCGAGGAAGCCUGUUUUUAUUUUGCGCAAAAGUGGCUGCCAGAAGUUUUAAAACGGAGAGAUUGGGAUACACCGGAGCAAGGCGAGCUCACCGCAUGGUGGAACAUAUUCAAGGAUUGCUGUGUUCCAGAAUACGCCGUUGCCUUCCAUGGUCUCGGGGUGGCACAAAUUUUUAGAUCUUGCCGUGAGAUCCGCAAUAAUGCUGUUCACAGAAACAGAGUGUCAAUCAUUGGGAUUAAGAGUAUGGUGGGCUAUGCGUUGCAGCUGGUGCUUGGGUUGAAGGAUGCUCCGAGGUCUUCAAAAAUGCGAAACCUGAAAGAUGCUUUGGACCGCCGGGAUCUGGAGGAAUUGCAGAAACAUAUUGAUGCGCCCUUGGGGAGUCUUAACUACCUGGGAUGGAGCAAUCUAGCGGGGAUGGAUAAUCCAUCCGCCGGUAUGUUGACAAACAGCAGAAACCUGAAUGGUGCAAACCAGUUACCACCUGGAACGGAGAACAGUUCGCAGUUUAUCCGUCUUGGCCAGCCGCCAGGAUUACGACCCAUCAUGGGUCUGCAACAGGCUGGCAAGCCAUGGGAAAACAAUGGGAACGAGAGCCUACCGCCUGAUGGUGGACUUCCGAAAGCUGCCUUGCAUAUGGAUCAUCCCGAGAUGGUGGCAGACCGCAUUGCGGAAUUGCAGGACAAAAUGCAAGUUGACAAAGUAUCCGAAAUAAUUCCUGGCCCACCAAUUUUACCAGACGCCAAGAACCAUGGAGCUGUUGAAGAUGGCAGAUCAAAGAAAGGGCGAAUAAUCAUUGAUUUGACAGAAGACAAACCCAUCAUCGACCUUACCCAGGACACCGACGAAGAUAGUAUGGGUAAUGGAAGUACGGAUGAUAUAGAUGGUGACAGCUUAAAAGUUGCGAGUCCCAUCUUUUUCUUCGGUAGAAAUAACUCCCAACCUCAGUCCCGAAAGCCUGCUCGGGUGAUGGAGCCAGACCAGAGGAGAGGCAGAAAAGAAAAAUUUCGAAAAAUCCGCGCGGAGAAGAGGCUGCUUUCGAAGGAACCCCUUGGAGCCAGAAGGUAA